GUGUUCUCUCAGUCCUUCACUGCCUCCUAUGCUAUCUACAAUGUGAACACUGGAGAUCUGCAGGACCUAAACCCUGCGGAGAACGAGAAGGCGGCGCUGCAGUUCGCCUCCUGGGGGCCGCAGGGGAACCAGCUGGCCUUCGUGUUUGAUGGAGAUAUUUACUACCAGCCAAGUGUGUCCAGCAGAGCGCUGCGGCUCACCGACUCUGACCCCGAGCAGAACCUGCAGAACGGACUCUCCGACUGGACCUACGAGGAGGAGGUUCUGCUGUCGUACGCGGCUCACUGGUGGUCGAUGGACGGAGCUCGGUUAGCGUAUCUCACCAUCAACAACACGGCCACUCCUGUGAUGGAGAUUCCCCGAUUCUUAGGGGGGCUCUACCCCUCCAACAUGCUCUUCCCCUACCCAAAGGCUGGAUCCAGCAUCCCGUCCGUCGGCCUGUUCGUGGUGAAUCUGUACGGCCCGUCUCACACUCUGGAGAUGAUUCCUCCAGACGCCCUCAGAGCCAGAGACAGCUACAUCUCCAUGGUGACGUGGAUCAGCAGCACCCGCCUCGCCGUGCGCUUCCUGAACCGCGUCCAGAACCAGUCGGUCCUGUGUGUGUGUGAGGCCACCACCGGAGCCUGCUCAGAGAAACACAAAAUGGCCAUGGACCUAAUGCAGAACCAGCGACAGGACGUGCCGUUGUUUUCUUCAGACGCCUCCGUGUUUUACUCGAUCCUCCCAGCGAAGCAGGGCGCUCGGGGCGAGUUCCUCCACGUCGCCGCUCUCUCAGCGCAGGCGGCCGUCCCCUCCGUCCCGCCUCGUUUCCUGACGUCCGGCAGCUGGGACGUCUCUUCGCUCUGCGCUCUGGAUGAGGAGGCCGGGAAGCUAUAUUUCCUGAGUGCAGAGGAGUCCAGACAGAGCCGACACCUCUACAGUGUGGAUGUGGACGGAGAGUUUGAGCGCCGCUGUCUCUCCUGUAAUCUCAUCGAUGGAUGUCGCUUCUUCUCCGCUGAGUUCAGCCCCAACCAGACACACUUCACCCUGUACUGCCGAGGACCAGGAAUCCCUAAAGUGACACUACACAGCACAAAGGACCCCGACAGGUUCGUGGUGCUGGAGGACAACGGCCCUCUGUCCUCAGCUCUGCAGGACAAGAGGCUCCCUGAGACUCUGUUCAGGACCGUCUCUGCAGAGCACCACGACCUGCACCUGAAGCUCUCUCUUCCUCAGGGCUACGAGGCCAACCUGCACCCCCUCCUCCUCAUGGUGGAUGGUGAGCCGGGUCAGGUGGUGACGGAGGAGUUCUCUCUGGAGUGGCCCCAGGUCCUCUCCGGGUCUCACGGUGUGGCCCUCGCCUGGGUGGGGGUCCGCAGUGGGGGGGUCCGCAGUGGGGGGGGCCGUGGACAGAAGAGCCCAAACAUGGACCCUCGAAAGCUGGGGUCCAUCAGAGUGAAGGAUUACCUCUCAGUGGUCGAGUUGCUGAAGAAGCUGCCGUACAUCGAUGAUCGCCGGAUGGUUCUCUACGGAAAGGCGUUUGGUGGAUAUGUGUCUCUGAAGAUGUUGGCGGCGACGGAGAAUCUGUUCCAGUGCACGGCCGCCGUCGCUCCCAUCACAGACUUCAGGCUCUACAGCGCUGCGUUCUCAGAGAGGUUUCUGGGUCUUCCAGCGAAGGAGGAGCACGCAUACUCGACUGCCUCGUUGCUGGAGGAGGUGAACAAGCUGAAGGACGAGAACUUCCUGAUCCUUCACGGGACGGCAGACGCGAGGGUUCACUUCCAGCACAGCGCGGAGCUCCUGAGCCGGCUGGUGAAGGUGGAGGCGAACUACUCCCUGCAGCUGUACCCGGACGAGGGCCACACCCUGAGGGCCCCGCGCAGCAUCCAGCACCUCCAGAGGACGCUGGUGAACUACCUGCACAGCUGCCUGCAGAACAGCUACCUCCUGCAGCCUGAGGAGGAGGAGGAAGAGGAGGAAGAUUACUGAGGCGUGAGGAAGGACUAUCUCUGGACUGGAGGUCACUUUAUGCAUCACUUUGGAUUAUCUCGGGAGCGGGGACCAAACUCAUCGCCUCCUGCAGACAGAGAGGGCAGAAGUACACACAUCCUUUACUCAAGUAGAAGUACAGAGACUCGUGUUUAAAAAUACUCUGGUAAAAGUAGAAGUACUGACUAAACUUCUUCACUCAAGUGAAAGUAAAGAGGGCAUUGAAAUGUACUUAAAGGUAGGGUAGGUAAUAUUGAAGAAACCAGCUCGAGUGCG